CAGUCUGUUCUCCCGGAUCAGCAAUCGCGCACCGGUCCUCCGUCUUCAGCUCUCGUCCACUCCCCGCUUUUCCACUCUCCGUGACCAGGGCCCAGGCAGUACCUCUCUCCCGAGUUUUGUCUCAGAUGCAGCUGUUUUCCCCGGCCCCUUGCUUCCGAAGGACUGCGGCUUUGACCCGCUCCGCCCCUCUGCAGGAGGGUCUCACGGAGUGAUGGCUGAAUGAGCAAUGGCCAAAUGUCGUCUGUACCCAGGAACGCCUGUUGGAUUCUGCUGUUGCUGGUGCCCCGAGACUGCAGCCAGGUGCCAGCCCCCCCGCCCCCCACCCCCCGGAAAAAACGCAAGACAGUGUAGCCUCAGCAUUUCAGGGACCAUGGAAAAUCGCAACACACAUCUGACACCAGGCUUCACCCUCAACAACCUUGCCCCAGGACCAGCGAAUGUGGCUGCCUUCUGGGGUCUGCUGGGACCAGGUGGCUUCAACAGUCUCUACCAAAUGUCCUUCUAGCAGUGGAACCGCUUUUCCCCGUGUGGCCUGAGAACCUCCCGGACCCCACUCUGUUCCUGGGGAUUCACCUUUCCCACCAGAGCACUGCUAGGUGUGUAGGAUGGUUUGGUAUUGGUCUGGCUGUAUUUCACGGAUGUGAGACGCACAAAAAGCGUCCAUGCUGUUCCGCCAUCUUGGCUCCUCCCUAGGUAUAACUGUGACGCCUGAUGAAGAACAAAACUUAAAUCAUUAUGUAGAAGUUUUACAGAACCUAAUACUAAGUGUUCCUACUAGGGAGCCAGGUCGUGUGGAAAAAUCGAAGUCUCCAAAUAAUGCUCAUUCUAUAGGACCAAAGUUAUCAAGAUUUAAGGAGAUAAUUACACAUGGAGACACUUCAACUGAAAAUGAUGUUUUAAUGAAUCCUGUCAGUGAAGAAACCACAGCUUCUCCUACUGGAGGCUUCACAAUGCCAGGAAGGAAGGAAAAAUCUACUGAAAGUACAGCAUUCUGGUCAAUUAAACCAAAUAAUGUUUCGGUUGUUUUACAUGCCGAUGAACCUUAUAUUAUUAAAGAGCCAGAGCCAGAGCCAGAUUCAGAAGUAAGAUCCACUGAGGCGCCAAAGCCAUUGCCAAAUGUUACUAAAUCAUCCACAAGUCCAGAUGUCACCCCUUUAAGUAGGAGCACUGACAUGGAUACUGUCACAGAACCAGAAGAUGUUCCUCAGCUCUCAGGCGAAUAUACAGUGGGAACACUUGAAACAAUAACAUUUGGAAGACACCCACAGAUUUUGAAUAAUGAAGACAUUUUGAAAAAAAUUUCAGAUAUUAGUUCACAGGUGCGGCAGGCACCUCUUGUUGAAAGCCUCAAGCCAGAAUACAGGGAGGACAUUCGAGCCUCUAGAGAGCACCUAAAACGAAGCCUUGCUUUAGCAGAAGCAGCAGAACAUAAAUUACAAAAAAUGUAUAGAUCCCAGUUCUUACCACUUGGCCGAAGCAGUAGUGAAAUUGAUGACAUUGAAACUGUAAUUAACAUGCUGUACAAUUCUAGGUCUAAAUUAUCUGAAUAUUUGAAUAUUAAAUAUGUUCCACCAGAGAUGAGAGAAAAGGCUACUACAGUCUUCAAUACAUUGAAAAAAAUAUUAUGUGUAAGUCAACUAGAAACUCAAAACCUUAUUAGGAAGUUAUUAAACAAUAAUAUAAAAAUGUUGCACCUACUUGAUAUUCCAUGACAAAAAUUGAUUGAAACAAACUAUGCAUUCACUUCACAGAAGAAAUAAGCACAUUAGUGAUUCACAAGUUGUAUAACAAAAUAUUUUCUACUGUUCAAUGUGCCAACAUCUCUACAUGUCAUAUGUUCUAAAAUAUUCUCAUGUGCACUAAAGCCUAAUAAUUUAAAAUAAAAUUUUGGUUCAGGA